AACUCCAUCAUUCUAUACUUCCAGAAUCCUAUACAGAAAAUGCCAACAAUCUUCAUCACCGGCUCCACCGGCUUCAUCGGCAGCACCACCGCCCUCACAGCCCUUACAUCCGGCUACAACCUCCGCAUCUGUCUACGCAAGGAGUCGCAAAUCCCAACCCUGCAAUCCUUAUUCGCCAAACACAUCGCCCAGGUCGAAUUUGUCAUUGUCGCUGAUCUUACGGAUCAGCAUGCAUUGCGCGGCAAGUUGGACGGUGUGGAUUACGUCCUGCAUAUGGCAUCCCCGCUUCCGCAUGGCGUGAACAAGGAGACGUACUUUGGGCCUGCGGUAGAGGGGACGAUGGCUGUGUUGAGGGAGGCAGCGAGGGUGGAGAGUGUGAAGAAGGUGGUGGUUACGUCGUCGAUUGCGGCGUUGGUUCCCGUGAUGGGGGUUCCUGAGGGUGGUGUUAUUAAAGAGGAUAAUGACUGGGACUUUACCGUCGAUCCAAACGCAGACUUUACAGUGCCUGACAACCCAACUGCAACAGGAGGCCGUCUUUACCACGCUUCCAAGUUACUCGCCAACAACGAGACAUGGAAGUUCUGGGCAACGAGCAAACCAAACUACGCCCUCGUCACUCUUCACCCUGCCUAUGUCUUCGGUCCUAAUCUCAUCCAAACCACUGCCGAAGGGAUCAACGGCUCGACGAAUGGAUUACUGUUUGGUGCUAUCAUGAAAGGCGUCCCCAGUAACGGCAUCACCGGUGUUCACGUGCAAGAUAUCGCAGACGCACAUGUCAAAGCCCUCGAUGCAAAAAUUCCCGAUGGAUCAAAGUACCUUCUUACCGGAGAGCAGGCAUCAUGGAAAGAUGUUGCCAGGAUUGUGAAGAGUAAGUAUCCGGAUGCUGGGGCUAUGAUCACCGAGGAUCUGCAGGGUGAAUCGUGGGCGACGGAUACGUCCCGGGCAGAGAGGGAGUUGGGGAUGCGGUGGAGGUCAUGGGAGGAGAUGAUUGGAGAUGUUAUGGAUCAGCAGUUGGGUUUUAGGGUCAAUAAGAUGUAGUUUUAUUAUUAAACUGUCACGGAUCUAUAAUGUCAAUCUGACUCAGAUGAUGUUGUAUGCAGGGGUUCAUCCGAUAAUCGGAGAUCAGAUAAGAUCCUACUAAACACCCCAUCUCCCCAUCUCCCCAACAUCAACACCACAAGAUAAUAUAUUCAUUUCACUCUUACAAGAAGC